ACAGCGUAUUUCAAAACAGUCGUCUACUAUUUGUACCGCCAAAACUAUCUUAUUUGCUAGUAAAACUUGGCUUUACUGUAAACUAUGAAACGAUUUGCUUCAAAGUAUCUAGAAAUCUUGAAUGAGUUGAUCGACGACAAAGAUGAGAUUGUCACUUAUAAAAAAUUGAGUUGCAUAGGAAAUAUUCCAGUCAAUCACGCGAAAGAGGUACUUGGUGAAUAUGCUUCUAAAAGAGAAGAUCUUGAAGUAAUCUAUACACUAAUAGGCUCUGUUGAACAAAAUCGCAAAAAAGUAACUAAAAUUCAGUUUUGUAAAGAGCCUUGUUUGGAAGACGUAAAACAGAACUACUCCAAUAUUUCCUCUUGCCAUGUUUACAGUGUAUCAAAGACGAAAAUUUUGGGAUAUACUAUGCUAUAUUCAAAUGAAAAAAUCGAGCAAAAUAAUAUGAAAGUAUGUUUAGAAGGGGAUAAUAAAGGAACAGAAGCCGUCAUGUCUGCUAUUUUAUGCGAAACGGGGAGUAGAUGUGAAAAUAAACCAUUAAAGAAAGAAGUCGUUACGGAGAAAAGAAAAGAAGUCGUAAAGAGCGAGCAGGAAAAGAAGACAACUAAUGAAAAUAACGAUAAAGAAAAAUUGACAACAGCGAAGCCUAAAGAAACAAAGGCAACUUCAGCCAAACUUGCAAAGGCUGAAACGAAAACAACAGAGAAAAGGAAAGGAUCAUCUGACUUUUUUAAAGCAACUACAAACCCAAAGAAAACUACUCAAUUGAAUAAGAAAGAUGAAAGAACGGCCCAAAUAGAAGAUCACAGUAGCGAUGAUAUUGUCCCGAAUAAAACGAAACAAAAUUCCUUCCAAAGCAGUAAAUCUUCGGCUCAAGAUAAAGAGGAGAUUGGAAAGAAACAUAAUAUAAAGGAAGAAAAGAAAAAAGAAAAUGCCAGAGGAUCAAGAAAGAAGUCGAAGGGGGAGAGUGAUUCCUCUAUUAACAAAAGAAGAAAGCGAAUAGCUAUAGAAACUAGCAGUGAAGAAGAGGAAGAAAGCAAACCAGCACAAAGUGUUGAAGAUUCUACUCAAGCAUCUAUCACUGAAUUAUCUCAACCAGUAGACGUCAAAAGAAGGAAAAGAAUACGAAAACAAGUCACGAAAACGUUUGUCAACGAUGAAGGUUAUAUGGUUACCGAAAAAGUCUACGAAUCUGCCUCAACUGAUGCUUCAGAAGAUGAAUUAAAGAAACCGGAAUCAAAGAAGCCAGUGGAAACGUCGAAACCCAAGAAGAGAGUUGGAAUCGAUUGUGUAGGAGAUAUAUUAUUCACUGUUCGAGAUGAGCCAUCAUCUACACAUUUGAUAAGAUACAAAAAUUUUAAAGAACACCUUAUCGAUCAGGAUAUAGCGAGCGAUAGUGUAGUCUCUUUUUCCGAGUUAUUGACCGAAGAAAGAGCAUUCCUAAUAAUACCAGUUUUAAAUGAAAUAUCAAAAAAAGUUAAGUAUUCCAAAGCAAAGUGGGUUGUAGUAUGUACAGAAGAUACACGAUUUAUUACUCAAGAGCUUUCUUUAAAGUUAGCUAAAUAUAAUGAGAAAAAAGCCAUUUAUUUUGGUCUGGGCUUAAAGGAUCAGGAAGUAACAAUUAUACAUCAUUUCGAUACUCCAGGAAAACUUAUUUAUCCCCUUCUAUCUAGUGGUAUAAUAUUUUCAAUGUCUCUUGUCAAGACGCUUGGUAAAGACUACUCUAACUGGUUAAAGAAGGUUGAUGACUUUACUAUAGAUGUUCAAUACGAAUUAGCUAAAUACAUAUACAAUGAAGGAAAGGGUCCUAAACUAAAAUCAGUAAACUGGUUGUGUACAAAAUAUGUGAGUGCAUGCGCUUCUUACUUUUCAACAAUUAAAGCGGAUUGUGGAGGAGAAACGAGCGAUAAUCAUUUCUUUAUCGGAAUAAAAACUUGUCAUCUAUUUCACAAAGAUAGAAUACCUGUGAUAUUGGAUACUUGGUAUAAAGAUAUUAGAAAUUCCAAAAGUGUGAGAUUUUUUUCCGAUCAAGAAGAUAGUACAGUUCCAAAUUUAAUUUUAAAUAAAGCUCCAAAUACAGAAAGUGGACAUUGCUCAAAGUGCUUUGAAAUUUUUCAAACAUUCUUCGAACUUCCAGAUUCAAGAGAUUGGUUAGUAGUAACAGAUGAUGAUACACUUAUCAACAUAGCGGAAUUAAGGAAAAUAUUAAGUUGUUAUGAUCCGAAUGAAGCAAUUGCAAUCGGUGAAAAAUAUGGCUUUGGACUAGCAAAAGAUUACGGGUACUCUUAUAUUACCGGUGGGGGUGGUAUGAUAUUUUCCAAGCAAGCAGUAAAGCUUAUCAUGGAAUGUCAAGAUUGCCGCUGUCCAUCCCACAGUUCGCCAGACGAUAUGCUAAUAGGCUUAUGGUUAUCUCGAAUAUCGGCUAAAGUUGUUCAUUCGCCACUUUUUCAUCAGGCGAGGCCUAUUGAUUAUGCUGCUAUAUUUAUUAACAGUCAGAUACCAAUAUCAUUUCAUAAGCAUUGGAUGAUUGAUCCCAGGGACGCUUAUGAAAAGUAUUUAGCCUCCAAUCCCAAGAAACAAAGAGACGAACUUUAA